CACAAAACCCCGGGUUUUGUGAAAACGAAGUACAAUCCAUUCGAGGUGCCUGAAUAAUCCUGAAUCCUCCCGGCCAUACCAUAAUCGAGCACCUCAUGGUUGUUCUCAUUGGUUUAGCUUUGUUUGGAGCACAGGGAUUUCACAUGACCGCUGCAUUAUCUCACGCUUUCAUGAGUGAAUUCCUGCAAAAUUCUUGCACCUAUUAAUUUUUUUUUUGUUUUCCUCAAAAGAGUUCACUUUCGAACUAGAAUGCCCUCAAAAGGGCAACAAAACGCAACACAGGUGCUACCGGAACGCAUCUCUUGUUCUGCCUCAACAAGCAAAGCAAAGAAUUAUCUCUUGCACUGUUCACUGUUCUCCAUGUCAUCUUUGUCACCAAUGGAAGCUACGUAUCUGGGCAUCCAAUCGAUCAGCCUGCCACUCCAGAGAUCGUAUGCUCAAAUUCUUGCGUGUCCAUGCCAUCAUCGUCUAUAAUCAUUCUCGAAUAAAAGAUUCCAUCCAUGCUCUUAGCUUGAUCUGCCACUCAUAUCAUAUGCAAGCUAUAUAACACACACGUACGCGCAUGCAUGGUGAAUUGGUGAUCACGUACGCACAGUGCCGCGGCACCUCUUGAGUGGAUAUCUAGCUAGCUAGAGACCCGGCCGGUCAUGGCCGGCGACGACAUCACGGUACAUGUGGAGUGGCUGGCGCGCCGCCUGGCGCAGCAGCAGGUGGACGCGAAGGCGACGGAGCAGCACCGGAUCAUGGUGAGCAACCACCGCGUGCCCCGCGUCCCGGGCCAUGUCCGCGACCUCAACAAGGACGCCUACAAGCCGGGGCUCGUUGCCAUCGGCCCGCUCCACGCCGGUGACGCCGAGUACCGGCUCCGGCCGGGCAACCGGCUCAAGAUGACGUACCUCAACAGCCUCAUCUCCCGCGGCCACCCGGAUCCCACGCAGCACCUCGCCGUCAUCCAGGGCUACAUCCGCCUCGUCGCCGCCCGCGAGCAGGAGGCCCGGGCCAUGUACGCCGCCGAGGACGUCGAUAACAUCGGGGCCGAGGACUUCAUCCAGAUGCUGGUGCUCGACGGCUGCUUCAUCAUCGAGCACCUCGUCAACGUCGCUCUAGGACAGGAGGAGCCGUUGCUGCACGCCACGCCUUUCGGCCCCACUCAGCUCUCCGUGGACCUAAUCCUCGCCGAGAACCAGAUACCGUUCUUCGUUCUCGUCGACCUGACCAAGAGCACCAGGCUGCCGGAGUUCGGCUCCACGGGCUACGACCCGCCGGUCCUGCUCAUGAAGCUGGUGCAGUACUACCUUGCCGGCGAGAAGGGCCGCGACAUGAGCGAGAGGCUGCCGGCUGCGGACGGCGUCUCCCACAUCCUGCACCUGCUCCACGCGAUGGUCACCGCGGCACGCACCAGCUGGGAGCCGCCGGAUCGCAUCCAGGACGGCGCGGUGCUGGAGAUGGCGCAGGAGGCGGCGCGGCUGUUGCGUCGCCUCCCGCUGCUGCUCCUGGUGCCGCUGCUGUACCCAAUCCUGCCCGAGGACCGACGGUGGGGCGCGAGCUACGGGCGGGAGGACCUGGCGUCGGCGAGCGACCUGAAGCGGAUGUGGGUGCGGUUCAAGAAGGCGCGCGGCCGCCGCACCGGCAAGGCGGCGGCGGGCAUCGCGUCGGUUCUGGGCCCGGUGCCGCUGGCCGUGAAGCUGGUGCACGAGGAUCGGCUGCGCCUGCCGCAGCUGCGGAUCGAGUUCCGGACGGCGCCGCUGCUGCUGAACCUGGUGGCGUUCGAGCAGUCGUCGGAGCAGCGUACGGGGCCGGGGGACGUGUCGGCGUACGUGUGGUUCAUGACGAAGAUGGUGCAGUCGGCGGAGGACGCGGGGGUGCUGGUGGCGGCGGAGGUGGUGCAGAGCAGCUCGGCGGGCGGCAGCGAGAGCAAAGAGGAGGUGGCGAGGUUCUUCCGGCAGGUGGGCGCGGCGAGCGAGGUGGAGGAGGAGGCGGAGAAGAGCUACCUGGGGGAGAUGCUGGGGAAGCUGCGGGAGCGGAGCCAUCACCCGCUCUUCAUGAUGUGGGCGGACGUGCAGCGCAACUACUUCACCGUGCCAUGGGCCGUCGUCGCCGAGUUCGUCACCUUGAUCACCUUCAUCUCCGCCAUACUCCAAACCUACGGAUCCUUCAAGCAGAAAUGAAGAAGGAUUAUCUAUCAACGAUGCAUUGCCGAUCGAUCUACUGCAUAUAUAGUUGAUCACAAUUCACAUGCAUCAAAGGGACUGCAUGUCGACGAGAUGGUGUCUCUUCUGUUUCAUCAUCUUUCGCUGCAGUUAGCUGUAUCUCAACUCUCUUUGUUUUUUUAAUAAAACGUCACGUAUUAGAAUGUAUAUUUGUAAGGUCAUUUGUUGUUUCUUAAUUGUAAGUUACAUUUUCAUCCACUCGAUCAAUUUCCAAUCA